AAAUUUAUGAUUUUCAUUAACGGUGAAGUGGUGGCCUGGACAUGUUCUUUUUCUUCAUUCUGUUUGGCCUGGCUGUCCACACCGUAUGUAGUGAUGAGAGUUUGCGAAUAGACUAUUUAGAAAAAUUGGUUGAGUCUGCUAUAAAACAGUCGAAAACAUACAAAAUUCGCGAUAGCAAUAGCGAUUUCUUUGGUAAUAAUGCUGGAAAUAAUGAAGAAAUAGAUUAUGGUACUUUCGACUUCAUUGUGGUGGGAGCAGGAUCUUCUGGAUCUGUGGUAUCAUCCAGAUUGAGCGAGAAUGAAAAAUGGAAAAUUCUCUUAUUGGAAGCAGGUGCAAUGGAUGAUGACCUCAGUGAUAUACCUUACGUAUGGGAGGUUUUACAGUUCUCUGAAAGAAAUUGGGGAUACAACACUGUACCACAAAAACAUGGCUGUUUUGGACGCCAUAACAACCAGAGCCCUUACCAAAGAGGCAAAGUAUUAGGUGGCUCCGGAACCAUAAAUGGCCUUGGUUUCAUAAGAGGAAACAAAGGAGACUACGACAAAUGGGCAACCUUAGGAAACCCAGGUUGGUCUUACAAAGAUCUCCUCCCGUUCUUCAAAAAGAUGGAAAACUUCGAAUCAGACCAAUUAGAUCCUAAAUACAGAGGGUUUGCCGGUCCCCUGAACAUUUAUUAUCAAGUACCCAAAGACAAUGUAUCAUUUUUUGAAUCGUCAGCCAGAGAGCUCGGUAUGAAAGUCAUAGAAGAUUACAACGCAGCAGAACAAAUAGGGAUUUCCAGAAGACAGAGGACGAUAAAGUUUGGGAAGAGAGUUAGCGGAGCAACAGCUUAUGUAAGACCAUCCAUGAACAGACACAACUUCAAUCUAACCAUAAACGCUUUGGUUACUAAAAUAAUGAUCGAUAAAGCCACCAAAACAGCUACUGGAAUCAGGUUUGUUAAGGAUGGUAAGCAGUAUGUAGCCAAGGCUAGCAAAGAAGUGAUAAUUUCUGGAGGAAGUAUAAACACAGCACAACUUUUAAUGCUUUCUGGUAUUGGACCUCAAGAAGAGCUGAAGAAACACAAGAUUAAAAUAAUUGCUGAUCUGCCUGUUGGAAAGAAAUCGUUGGAUCACUUCGAACUUCGAAUUUACUUCAGAACGAAUUACACAGCUAAGAAAGAGCCCUUCAGGAAACUCCUUGGUGAGUACCUCAGAGGAGAUGGUGUCCUGACAAGCUUGGAUAACGGUAAAACUUUCACGUAUGUCAACACCAGAAACUCAUCAGCUUCAGUACCCAACCUGGAGAUGACUUCUUAUUUCAAUAACCCUGUCGAUGUGUCGAUACCUGGCAUUACCAACUACAAGAAAGAAGUCGAGGAUUACUUUAACACAAUCAACCCCCAAACAGAUUUGAGUAUUGAUAUGUACGUCCUUCAUCCAAAGUCUACAGGAAGUGUUAAGCUCAAAUCUUGUGAUCCUAGAGAAUUUCCACUGGUAGAUCCAGGUACUCUGGUUGAUGGAGAUGACGCACAGGUAUUUUUGGAAGGCAUUCGUAUACUGGAUAAGUUUGAGAAGACUGAGACCGCCAAGAAGAUUAAUGUCACCAAAUUGAAAGUGUCUUUCUGUGAUCAGCAUGUUGAGGGUUCUGAUGACUACUGGCUAUGUGUUAUAAGGAACUUGGCAGUUCAUGGUGGACACAUCUCCUCUACUGCUAAGAUGGGUCCAAAGAAGGAUCCUUUUGCGGUGGUUGAUCAUGAGUUGAAAGUGUAUGGAUUGCACAAGUUGAGGGUUGCCGAUUGCAGUAUUAUGCCAAGUACCAUUUCGGGCCAUACGAAUUCUAUUGCUUUUGCAAUUGGGGAGAAGGCUGCAGAUAUGAUCAGAAAGCAGUAUGGAUAUUGAAAGAAUUGUUGUUGACUAGAAGGUUGAGAAUUUGGAAAGAGAAAUGAAUAAUAAAACUUUUUACUAUU